AUGCACAAUCGUUGUGAACCAGAGUGUCCUGUUCAAUUCGCGGUGAGUGCCUUGGACUCCAACGUUGAUCGCUCCCUUGAGCCUGCCUGUGCUCUCCGCCGUCGUGAGGAGCUUCUCCUUCAGAUCCGCAAUAUGGUUGAAGGCUUCGACGCCAAUGUGCUGGGGCUGAAAGGGUCGCUCCCCAUGCGCUUUGCCAUAGAUCUCCUGCGCCUGCAACCGCAUCUGAAAGUCGCGCUCAUGCGGUCGUAUUUCGGCAUGAAUCAGUUGGGCAAUCAGAACGAUUUCGCCCGUCAAGGUGACGAUAAGCCUGAAAGACAGCAUAUCGUCGUGUUCGGCAGAGUUGAGAUGAUUUGGCCAUAG